GUGAGUUCAAGCUGGGUUUCUUAAAUCCAUCACAUCAAAAUAAACAAAUAAAUUGAAUCCGGAUGUCCUGUAAUUAUGCAGAGGGACUUUCGAAGUAUGAAAACAAGGGAGUUCUCGGUGUACCGGAGAUCUUCGACACGGACGAGCUGGUUGAACAAAAGUGUGAGCAACUCGCCGGAAUGAUGUUAGCUUCUGGCCAUACUGUGAUACACACUGGAGCGGGGGUCAGCACGAGCGCAGGCAUACCAGAUUUCCGAGGACCGAAAGGAGUGUGGACGCUUGAGGAGAGAGGCGAAAAGCCUUCGGUAAACGUUGCAUUCGAGGAAGCCAUCCCCACAAAGACGCACAUGGCACUGAAGGCACUAGUGGCUGCAGGCCAGGUGCAGUACGUAGUCAGCCAAAAUAUUGACGGACUGCAUCUCCGUUCCGGACUGGCCAGGGACUAUCUAUCGGAGCUGCAUGGCAACAUGUUUGUCGAGACUUGCAUCAAGUGUCGCAGACAGUACGUUCGAAGCAGCCCUGCACCAACGGUCGGCAAGAAGCUCACCGGUAACGUGUGCCACGGUACCGGCAAGAACCGCUCGUGUCGCGGGGGUCAUUUGGUCGAUAACAUUUUGGACUGGGAACACGAUCUUCCGGAAAACGAUCUACAACUUGCUUUCAUGCACUCGGCCAUGGCAGAAUUAAACAUUUGCCUCGGCACAACGCUGCAAAUCGUGCCAAGUGGUGAUUUGCCAUUGAAAAACAAGAAAUAUGGAGGAAAGCUGGUUAUUUGUAAUUUACAACCCACCAAACACGAUAAAAAAGCAGAUCUGAAAAUAUCUACCUACGUCGAUACCGUGCUGGAAAAGGUGUGCAAACGGCUCGGAGUAGAAAUCUCUCCAUAUCGUCCAGAGGACGAUCCUACCAAGCACGUUCCAUGCAGUUUGGAAUGGGGCAUUCCCAGCGGAGCGGUGAAAAAAGUAGAUAAACUAUACGAUAAGAUGUUGAAAACGAAGGGCAAACCGUUGAAACAUGCACUGGGCUCUGUUCAUGCUGAUGAUAAGCAAGAAUUGAAACAGAAUUGUAAAAAAUUGAAAAAGGAUCCCGUGCAGGAUGAAAUGAAAAAAGAGAGCUCCCCUUGA